AUGACCUAUGCUUUUGAGAAUGGGCGACUGCGCGUUGAUAUUAAUAAGAGAGGUUCCGGUUGGCCAGCUCGUUCGCCUGACUGCAACCCCAUCAAGAACGUCUGGUCAGCGAUGGCGGCCAAGAACGGCGUUCAGUUGAGUCAGACGUUCGGUGGGCCUCAUGGCACGAAAUACUCGGACUUGGACAUCGCCUCGUCCGGACAAACCGUGCAAGCCAUCACUAUCCGCACUGGCGAGCGCGUCAAUGCCGUCAGUCUCGAUAUCACCGACCCGUCCGGUCAGAAGUCUACCUUGUACCACGGCGGCGGCGGUGGUGACCCCAACACACUCACUCUCGGCGCAGGUGAGUUCAUCACGGGCAUUGAGGCACACUGGGGCGAGAAGGACAGCCACACACGGAUCAAGUAUAUUCAGUUUACCACGAGCUCGGGCAAAACGAUCUCUGGUGGCAGUCCCACGAAGGAUAUCGGCAAGGAUUCAGCUCCCGCGGGCUACCAGCUAGGUGGUUUUGUUGGCACUUGUGGCAAGGAACUCGACUCGGUGGGUGCCAUUUGGACGAGUAUUACUCCGGUGGCGUAG